GUUCCCUGCUAUCGCCCUCGCCCCUAGCCCAGCACCAUGAGAGCUGUCAUUCAAAGGGUCACUAGGGCCAGUGUGACUGUCGGAGAUGAGCAGAUCAGUUCCAUUGGGAGAGGCAUCUGUGUCUUGUUGGGUAUAUCAGUGGAAGAUACCCAGAAAGAUAUUGAGUAUAUGGUGCGGAAGAUUCUGAAUCUGCGUGUGUUUGCGGAUGAGAGUGGAAAGCAGUGGUGCAAGAGUGUAAUGGAUAAGCAGUAUGAGGUGCUUUGUGUGAGCCAGUUUACCCUGCAAUGCGUCCUUAAAGGAAACAAGCCAGACUACCAUAUGGCUAUGCCUUCUGAGCAAGCAGAGCCUUUCUACAAUGUCUUUUUACAACAAAUGCGGAAAGCCUACAAACCAGAACUCAUUCAAGAUGGAAAAUUUGGUGCCUACAUGCAAGUGAACAUACAGAAUGAUGGCCCAGUGACUAUAGAAUUGGAGCCACCUGCCUCUUCAGCUGAUCCAAAGCUUCUUGCAAAGCUGGAAAAGCAGCAGCAAAGGAAAGAGAAGACAAGAACCAAGGCACCAUCAGAAUCUAGUCGGGAGAAGAGCGUCCCACGCAGUAAGGAUGACCCCAGUGCAAGCAGUGGUGCAGAGGGAGAUGUGUCUUCUGAAAGAGAACCAUAGGAUGUCAUCAGGGCGUGAGACCCCGAGAUCCAAGCACCAGUGUGUGAAGAGUUGCUCUAUUCUCCUGUACUAGUCUCUCGGAAGCGUUUUGCAAACAAGACUGCAACCUGACUUCAUUUCUAAUUGCAGCUUAUUCCGUGUUGAGGGAAACCAAAGGAAUGGCUUCCAUUACCUGCAACGAUAUGCACUCACAGCAAACAUUGUCCGACCUCUCCCAUCUGUCUGUCUACAACGUCGAGACAAAUAGUGCCUGCAUUUUUAUCACUGCCCAUUUGUUUACUUCUGUUUACAUCUUUUCCCACUUGUCACUUCAACUCCAACAAAUGUUGCUUUGGUGAAAUCUCCACGCUACAGUUUUGUGUGAUAUAUAUAUACAUAUAUAUAUAUAUAUAUAUAUAUAAAUAUAUAUAUAUCUUCCGGGAUCAUUGUACAAUUAGUCCAUUGAUGUUUAGAAAGUUGUUGUAAUGUUCAGUAGAUCUAGUUGUUUGUGCUUGAAUGAAAUCUUUGUCUGUGUAUCUUUCCCUGUCACCACCCAUUAAACAAAUAGUUUGA